AAUGUUUAAAAGCAGAACGAAUUCAACGCCAAAGAGCUAACAAUGAAGAGGCAAUAAGGAAGCACGCUGCAAUUCGCGCUCGGAUAUUGGCCCAAGAAAGAGCAAAACAGCAAAACUAGUUUUUUCUCUAGUUUAUAAAAGUUUCUACCAUGGAGUAUGACAUUUUAAACUCAAUAGACCUCAAAGAUCCAACCAUUUAUAAAUCAUUCACUGACAGAUAUUUUAGCAAAAGAUACAUAUUAAAUGUGAAAGGCAUAGAAAACAAUGAUAUUAUGUUAAUGUUUCACUCAAAUAGAGUUACCUUACUCUGUCUUGCACCAAGUCAUUUCUUUUUCAAGAAAAAAGAUAAAUACACUCUGAACUUUAAUACUGGGAAAGUUGAUCGCUUGAGUAACCAAGUGAAAGGCAAAGGGAAAAAAGGUGGACAAGCGCUGUAUCCAGACUCAGUAAUUUGCAAAGUGGAAUGGAAUGAUAACACUGCCUUUAAUAUACCUUGUGGGAUGAAAGGAACUCUUGUAGAAAUCAAUGAAAACUUAGUAAAAAAUCCUGAACUUUUAAGAGAAGCGCCAGAUUCCGAUGGUUUUAUUGCUAUCAUGCUAUCCAGUAUUACAAUUACGGAUGCUACAAAGAAUGAAUUAUUAACUUGUGAAGAGUACUUGAAAAUUGUUAAUGUUUAGAUUAAUUUGCAUGCUCGAUUAGAAUAGAAAAUAAAUAACUAAUUUUUUA